UUGUAGGUGUAUUACAAUAGGUGAUAAUAAAUCUAUUGCGACAACUGAAAUAAUCAUUAUAAAUAUUUUUAAAUUGGUGUUUAAGCAUUUUUUUUUUAUUUUUACUGUAGGUAUUAGUAAUAAAAAAAAUGAAUUCUUUGCUGGUCGUGUUUACAUUUUUGCUUUCAAUUGUUGUUGUGAUGGGACGAUUUAGCCUAGGUUUUGCAGAUAUUAAUGCUGGCAUAUCGGACAUUGUAGGUGUAGCAGAAUCUCUCAUACCACGGAUCAAAAUACCUGCAGAACAAGCUCUUACUGCAAUUACCGAAGUUGGUAAACCACAAGAUACACAAAUAAUCACAGGAAUCAUUCCAAAGAUAGUAGUUCAGGAAGCAGUAAAUAGAGACCAACCUAUAGCAACAGGAAUCGUUCCUACGAUAACAGUUCAAGAAGCAGUAAAAAGGGACCAACCGAUAGCAACAGGAAUCGUUCCUACGAUAACAGUUCAAGAAGCAGUAAAAAGGGACCAACCUAUAGCAACAGGAAUCGUUCCUACGAUAACAGUUCAAGAAGCAGUAAAAAGGGACCAACCUAUAGCAACAGGAAUCGUUCCUACGAUAACAGUUCAAGAAGCAGUUAAAAGGGACCAACCGAUAGCAACAGGAAUCGUUCCUACGUUAACUGUUCAAAAAUCAGUAAAAAGAGACCAACCAAUAGUAACAGAUGAAAAUAAAGCACAAGCCGGAAAUAUGAGGAAAUCAGACUUUGCAGUGAAUGUCGUCGAAGGACUCGGUGGUUUGACUUUGAAAUUGAGACGAAAGAAAUGAGCACUAAAAAAUCGGAACCAUAUCCCGUAUGGUCAAUAAUCAAUAAAGUUUUAAUUAUACCAGGAACAUUAUUUGUUUUUAUUUUCAUGUACAUAAAUACAUUAAUUUUCUUAGAUUAAUGAAACAAUUUAUU